AUGGACAAUAACAACAAGAACAUGUCCAAUCUCGAGCGGACUCUCAAGCACCACCUCGACAGACGACGGGCAUCAUCCACUCUCCGCAACCUGACCGUGUCCCCGUCCAGCGCCGUCGACUUCUCCUCCAAUGACUUCCUAUCCCUCUCCACCAGCCCCGCCUUGCGCGCUGCCUAUCUCCAGGAGCUCCAGCGCGACUCCUCCUUCCGAAUCGGUAGCGGUGGCUCAAGACUUCUGGACGGGAACUCAGAGUACGCUGAAGUCCUCGAGCGCGAUAUAGCUGCCUUCCACAACGCACCCGCAGGGUUGCUGUGCAACUCAGGCUUCGACGCCAAUGCCGGCAUCUUCGCUUGCAUACCGCAGCCGAACGAUGUGGUCGUCUACGACGCAUUCAUCCAUGCAAGCGUGCACGAUGGCAUGAGGUUGUCGAGAGCCAAGCGGAUUGCGUUUGAGCAUAACUCGGUCGAGGACUUGCAGAAGGUGCUCGAGGGGUGCGUUGCCGGUGACGACUCUAUCCGGAGGGGUCGCAGAAACGUCUUCGUCGCGGUCGAGGCGGUCUACAGCAUGGAUGGAGACCUGUCACCGUUGAAGGCGAUCGUCGAGGUCGUGGAGCGCUUACUACCGCAGAGGAACGGCCAUGUCAUUGUAGACGAGGCGCACUCGACCGGUGCGCUUGGCUCGAGGGGAAGGGGGUUGGUGUGUGAGCUUGGUCUAGAGGGGAGGGUUUUUGCGAGGCUGCACACGUUCGGCAAGGCGCUGGCUUGUAAUGGAGCCAUCAUACUCUGUUCGCCCGUUGUGCGACACUACCUUAUCAACUACUCGCGACCCCUCAUCUAUACGACAUUCAUGUCAUAUCCCAGUCUAGCUGCCAUAAGAGCAGCCUACAGCCUCCUCUGGGACGGCCACACAGAACCGCUUCAAUUACAUCUGCGGUCUUUAGUAGAAGAGCUAUUCAGCCGCCUCCAAGCUCUGAGAGCUAGGUAUGCAGGCGUGCCAGACAUCGAUCAUUGGAUCCAGGUCCCGUCCGAGGCACCCGUAUCGCCUAUCUUUGCUGUCUUGACUUCCCAGCCGAGGAGUCUCGCGCGACACUGCCAAGAGGGUGGCUUUGUGGUGCGUGCUGUUGUCCCGCCUACAGUACCUGAGGGCACGUCGAGGAUCAGGAUCUGUGUGCACGCUGGCAAUACGUCUCAGCAGAUUCGAAGACUUGUCGACCGAAUAGACAGCUGGCUCAGGUUGCACACCGCUUCGGACAAACUGAUGGAGGCGUCGCCAGAGAGGGCACGUUUGUGA